CAUUUUAUUAUGAAAACUUGUUAAUUUCCACUUCCCCAUAUCAAAUAUAAAUCCUCUUAAUUCUUAAUUAAAUUCCCAGUUAAUUAAUUAGUUUAUGCAAUAAUUAAUUAAUGAUGUCCAUCACAGAGAACUCUCGCCAAUCUUAUCUCAUCCCUUCCUUUCUAUAUUCCUCUUCCAUGAAUUCAUCAACAAGUAAUGGAAUAAGGUUGAAGGAAAGUAGUAGUCCAAUAAUGGUAGCAUCUCCAAGUGAGAAGAUAAAGAUGUAUUCACCGGCAUUCUAUGCAGCUUGCACUACUGGUGGAAUGUUGAGUUGUGGUGUCACCCAUACUGCUGUCACUCCUCUUGAUGUUGUCAAGUGUAAUAUGCAGAUUGAUCCAGCAAAGUACAAGAGUGUACGCUCUGGAUUUGGAAUUAUAAUGAGAGAGCAGGGAAUCAAGGGUUUAUACAAGGGAUGGGCCCCAACUUUUUUUGGUUACAGUGCUCAAGGAGCUUUUAAAAUGGGAGGCUAUGAGUUCUUCAAGAAGUAUUACUCGGAUAUUGCAGGCCCUGAAUAUGCUUCAAAAUACAAAACAUUAAUAAUUUUGGCAGGUUCUGCUUCUGCAGAGAUAAUUGCUGAUGUUGCUCUUUGCCCUUUUGAGGCUGUUAAAGUUCGCGUACAAACUCAACCUGGCUUUGCUAAAGGCCUUUCUGAUGGUCUCCCUAAAUUUGUCAAAUCUGAAGGUGCUUUGGGAUUGUAUAAAGGACUAGUACCACUUUGGGGCCGUCAGAUUCCAUAUACAAUGAUGAAAUUUGCAUCAUUUGAGACAAUAGUAGAGCUGAUGUACAAGCACGCCAUCCCAACACCAAAAGAACAAUGCAGCAAGACAUUACAGCUUGGGGUUAGUUUUGCGGGUGGAUAUAUCGCUGGAAUUUUAUGUGCAGUUGUAUCAAAUCCUGCUGACAACUUGGUUUCCUUCCUCAACAAUGCUAAGGGUGCAUCUGUUGCUGAUGCUGUGAAGAAAUUAGGAGUAUGGGGUUUAUUUACGCGUGGACUUCCUCUUCGUAUAGUCAUGAUCGGAACCUUAACUGGUGCUCAAUGGGGUAUCUAUGAUUCUUUCAAAGUGGUUGUUGGCCUGCCAACUACUGGUGGAAGCUCCCCUGCUACCGAUCCUGAAAAGUGAACUAAUAGACAAUUAUUAAACCAAAAUAACCUUCCAUGAUUGUAAAUUAAGAUACAUACAGAUAGGAACAGAGUUUAUUCAUGAUUUUUAUGAUUUCUUUUCAGAUGUUUACAUUUUAAAGCAUAUUUUUUAUUUUUUAAGAAAUAAAUAAAUUGAAGUGUGAGAUUUUGGAAAA